AUGGACCUCGACGACCUCGUGUCGCCACCGUCCGAUUUCGCACCGACUACGUCACCCAAUCAUCCACUCGACAAGUAUAUAAAUGCGAUCGAACUCUCUGUGCAAUCACAGUUCCGAAGACGUUUUAACGAAACGUCUCUUUUGCUAGCUCGCAGUUUCAAGGUUCGUAGCACAAUUUUUGGGGCUUUGUUCAUACUAGAAACCUCUUUGUCCUCGGUCCUUGCUUCAAAUUUACAGAAGUUACAUGGUUUAGAACAUCGAGACAAUUGGAGUGCUAAAGGCCUGGCACUCUAUAGCUACUUGGAUACCAACCACCAGGCGGCGGUGCCGCCCACAGUGCCUUUUCGGGUGGCUGGAGGAAUGUCACAUUCUUCUUCAAGUUCUGGCAUCUUUUUCCAAGGAGAUGCACAGUCUCAGAUUGUAGGGAACUCUAACUUGAGUUCGUCUUUUGGGAACUCGUCAAAUUCAAUUCCUGGAAGUGCACGUUCAAACUUGGGACCAGUUUCUGGAGACAUAAGUAAUACAGUCUUGAACAGCGUGGCCAGCUCAGGGCCAAGUGUUGGGGCAAGUUCGUUGGUCACGGAUGCCAACUCAGGACUAUCAGGAGGUCCCCAUCUCCAGAGAAGUGCCAGCAUCAAUACAGAGUCUUACAUGCGAUUACCUGCGUCACCCAUGUCGUUCUCCUCAAAUAAUAUAAGCAUCUCAGGCUCAUCAGUUAUGGAUGGCUCAUCUGUAGUGCAGCAGAGCUCCAAUCAAGAUCCGAACUCCCAACAAGUGCAGCAAAGUCAGCUGCAUCAAGGGGCUUCUAGUGCCACAUCCUUGCCCACAUCACGGAUAGGACAAGUUCCACUUUCCAUUGGUCAAAGGGUCCCUGGGUCCUACAUUCAGGAGCCCAAUAAUACGUCCCAGUUGCAGAAGAAACCCCGAUUGGAUAUUAAGCAGGAAGAUAUACUGCAACAGCAAGUUUUGCAACAGCUUCUGCAAAGACAGGACUCCAUGCAGUUACAAAAUCCCAAUCCUCAGUUGCAAGCUGCGAUACAGCAGCAGAGACUAAGGCAACAGCAGCAACAAUUGCUACAGUCUAUGCCCCCAGUGCAGCGAGCCCAUAUGCUGCAGCAGCAGCAGCAGAUGCAAUUGAGACAGCAACUUCAACAACAGGGCAUGCAGCCUAUAUCAUCGAUGAAGCGCCCGUAUGAUGGUGGUGUAUGUUCUCGUCGGCUGAUGCAAUAUUUAUAUCAUCAGCGGCAGCGGCCACCUGACAAUCCUAUUGCAUACUGGAGGAAAUUUGUGGCAGAGUAUUAUUCUCCCCGUGCAAAAAAGAGGUGGUGCUUGUCAUUGUAUGAUAAUGUUGGGCAUCAUUCACUAGGUGUAUUCCCGCAGGCAGCCAUGGAUGCAUGGCAGUGUGACAUUUGUGGUUCAAAGUCUGGAAGGGGAUUUGAGGCAACUUUUGAAGUACUCCCCAGACUUAAUGAAAUCAAAUUUGGCAGUGGAGUCAUUGACGAGCUUUUAUUUUUGGACUUGCCACGGGAAUGUAGAUUUCCUUCUGGAAUAAUGAUGCUGGACUAUGGAAAAGCAGUUCAGGAGAGUGUAUAUGAGCAACUUCGUGUGGUGCGUGAGGGUCAGCUCCGUGUCAUUUUCACGCCUGAUUUAAAGAUUUUAUCUUGGGAAUUUUGUGCACGACGCCAUGAAGAACUUCUUCCUCGCAAGUUGGUCGCACCACAGGUGAAUCAGUUGCUACAGGUUGCACAGAAAUGCCAAAGUACAAUUGCUGAAAGUGGACCUGAUGGGGUUUCUCAGCAGGAUUUACAGACUAACAGCAAUAUGGUUGUUACAGCAGGGCGUCAGCUUUCCAGGAGUUUGGAGUUACAUUCACUCAAUGACUUGGGGUUUUCCAAAAGAUAUGUGAGGUGCUUACAGAUAUCUGAGGUCGUAAAUAGCAUGAGAGACUUGAUGGAUUUUUGCAGAGAACACAAAGCUGGGCCUAUUGAGGGCUUGAAAACUUUUCCUCGACAUUCGACAGCAGCCAAGGUUCAGCUGCAGAAGAUGCAGGAAAUGGAGCAGCCGGAAAGUAUUCAGGGUCUGCCAACUGAUCGCAACACUCUCAACAAGCUAGUAGCAUUACAUCCUGUACUUAGCAGCCAAAUGAGCAAUAAUCAUCAUAUGGCCGGUCGAGGAUCUUUAAGUGGCUCAGCUCAGGCUGCUCUAGCACUGACAAACUACCAUAGUCUACUUAUGAGACAGAACUCGAUGAAUUCAAACUCGAAUUCACUUCAACAGGAGUCAUCAUCUUUUAAUAAUCCUAAUCAGAAUCCAUCCGCAGCAUUUCAAGGGUCUGCUGCUAUACUGCCCCGGACUAUGCAGAAUUUACCAGUUGGUGGCUACUCCAGUUCCCAUCUACUUCGGCCACAUCAGCAACCGCAGCGUUCACUGAGUAGUAAUGGUUUGCUCCAACAAAACCAUCCACAGCCUUCCCAAGGCAGCCAAUCUCUACAACAGCACAUGAUGCAGCAACUGCUGCAGGAUAUGAACAAUAACAAUGGUGUUGGAAUGGUACAACAGCAGUUCCUUGCUGGGCAGAGUGCUAAUGGGAGUAUGACAAGGGAUGGAGUAGGGUUUGGAAGCAACACUGCAUCAGCAACUGCAGGCCCAGUCAGCGGACCAGGGGGUGGUGUUGGACACGCCCCGAGCAGAAGCAACAGUUUCAAAGCUCCUUCGAACAGUGACUCUUCUGCGGUUGGUGGCAACAAUGGUUUAAGCCAGAAAGCAUCAGAUUUACCACAGAAUAUUCAUUUAGCGGACGAUCUGGUUCAGGAUAUUGCCCAAGAGUUCACAGAAAAUGGAUUUUUUAGCAGUGACCUUGAUGAUGAUAUGACUUUUGGCUGGAAGGCAUGACUUUACAUAGAUUGAUCCUGUUUCAGUGUACUGGCAUAUACCCCUCUGUGUACAGUUUGUUUGAAUUAGCUCCCUUUUUCUUUUUGUUUCGUUUGGUUUCUAUUUCCUAUUUUGCUCUACGUAUUUACUUGUGGAGUUUGUUGUGAUUUCAAGACUAGUACCCCAGUAGGUGUCUAGUUUUAAUUCCUCCCCCCCCACCCCACCCCUGGCGGGUGUUUCUCCGUCGGUUUUCUGUCACCGAUGUCUUGCAAGUGUAAUUUACGAACAUAAACUUGAUAACGUCU